AUGGCGUUCUCAUAUGGAAGCUUUGGGAGCUUCGUUUUCAAUGGCCAAAUCUGGUCAUCAAUAGCGAUCAUUCGGGAUGCUAAAUCUUGGGCAAGCACUAUUAAGAAUAACCAAAAGAUCGUUGCUCCUCGAAACGGUGUUGGCAACAAAGGUGGCCAUUGGAACCCACCGAGAGCAGGGACCUUUAAACCGAACACCGAUGGUGGUGUGAAUCCCAUGACGAUGAAGCCGUCCAGCGGUGGUGUGAUCGGAGACUGCAGAGGAGACUGGAUUGUUGGUUACACCAGAAAUAUUGGCUGCUGCUCAAUUUUACAAUCUGGAUUCUGGGGGUUCUUGAUGGCCUCGAGGUUGCUUGGGAACGAGGCCUGUAGCAAGUGA